AUGAUCAACGCGUUCCUCGUCUUUAAUGGCCAGGGCCAACCGCGGCUCACCAAGUUUUAUACCCAACUCGACACCUCCAUCCAACAGCGCCUAAUCUCCGAGAUCUUCACCCUCGUCUCCAACCGACCCUCCGGCUCCUGCAACUUCCUCCCACUACCCCCUCUCCUCGCCGCCUCCUCAACGAGCAACACCUCCUCGUCCGCCCAAGAACAAAACGACGUACCUUCCCUCGUCACCUACCGCAACUACGCGACGCUCUACUUCAUCGUCAUCUCGACCUCGACCGAGUCCCCGCUGGCGCUGAUCGAUCUGAUUCAGGUGUAUGUGGAAGCGCUCGAUCGGCUGUUUGAGAAUGUGUGCGAGCUGGAUUUGAUCUUUAACUAUGAGACGCUGCAUGCGACGUUGGGGGAGAUGAUUGUGGGCGGGGUGGUGAUUGAGACGAAUAUGGAGCGGAUUGUGGCGGGUGUUAGGGCUCAGGGGACGGUUGCGAAGAGGCCGGUGAAUGAGGGGAGGACGGGUGGUGGGUUAGGGGGAACGCUGGGGGCGGGACUGGGGAUGGGUGGGAUGGUUUGGCAUGGGAGGUGA